AUGGCUUUGCUGCAGCUGCUCGUGCUGCUGGCCCUGGCUGGUCCCGUGGGGGGCAGCUGGGACACCUGCAAGGGCACCUGCGGGCUCCGGCCCUUGGAUUUUGACCACAGCUCCGUGUCUGCCAACUACGACCAGUCCAACGGUGACUAUGCAACCUUGGGUUCUUCUGAUGGCGCCUCCCUGGACUUCGACUGCCCCGGUGUCCCCUCAGGGGCCUGGCCUGGUAUCGUCAGUGUCCAGGCCACCCUGGAGAACGGCACGUGGCACAUGUGCUCCGGGGCACUCAUCAGCCCCCAGUGGGUGCUCACGGUGGCCCAGUGCUUCUUCAGGUCUGGGGACAUCUCCAUUUACAAAGUGGUGAUGGGGACCACGGACGUGGCCCAGCCAGGCCCCGAGGCCGCAGUGAGACGCGUCCAGAGGCUCGUGAAGCACCAGCACUACGUGGCUGCCACAGCCAUGAACAACAUUGCCCUGCUGGAGCUGGACCAGCCCGUGGAGUGCAGCGACUACAUCCAGCUGGGCUGUGUGCCCGACAGCUCCCUGACGGUGUCUGACCUCAAAACCUGCUACAUUGCGGGCUGGAGAGCCACUCCAGACAGCUCCCCCAGCCCACGCCUGGUGCUGCAGGAGGCCAAGGUGCGGCUCAUGGAUGUCCAGCUGUGCAACAGCAGCCGCUGGUACGGGGGGGCCGUGCACCCCCAGGACCUGUGUGCGGGGUACCCGCGGGGCGGCAUCGACACCUGCCAGGGGGACAUCGGGGGUCCCCUGGUGUGCAAGGACCACGUUGGUGACUACUUCUGGCUGGUGGGCCUGGCCAGCUGGGGCAAGGGCUGUGUCGGAGAGAAACGCCCCGGAGUGUUCACGUCCACCCAGCACUUCCGAGAAUGGAUCCAAAUCCAGAUGGGAACGGUCCCAUCAGACCCAAGUCCCGCACCAACACCGCCACCCCUGACCCAAGCCCCGGCCCUCAUGCUGUCCCCAACCCUGACCCUGACUGUCGUCGAGACGACACCGACGCCGGAAUCGGAGACUUUCAUAACAGUUUCAUUCCCAAAAUCCAUCCUGCUGAGAUUCGUCGGGAGUCUGCAGAAGUUCCUGGAGUUCCUAAGGGACAAUCUGCGUUGAUCAGGAGGGGCAGCAGAUCCAGUUCUGGCUGCA